AUGUCUGCCGCCGACAUAUCCAAGAUUGAGGCGGCAAACCUCUUCAACGUCAAUGGCCUCGUUGCCGUUGUCACAGGUGCUGGGUCAGGUUUGGGACGAAUGAUGGCCCGGGCUUUAGCAGCCAAUGGCGCCUCGAAAGUGUUCAUCAUCGGUCGCCGGGAGGCUGCUCUGAAGGAAACUGCCGAUUCUGUCCCUGGCAAUAACAUCAUUCCACUGGUGGGCGAUGUCACCUCCAAGGAAUCCCUAAAACAGUGUGUCGAAAAGGUCCGAGCUGAAGUCGACUCCAUCGAUGUCCUGGUCGCAAACUCGGGCAUCUCUGGUCCAUCAGUGCCCACCCUGGACUCCAACCGACAGCCGCUCCCCUUUGAAAAGCUGGUUGACAACAUGUGGGCGCCUGAACCAGAAGCUGUGAACACGACCUAUGGUGUCAAUGUGACGGGUAUUCAUUUCACUGUUGCCGCCUUUCUCCCAUUCCUCCAGGAGGCCAAUAAGAAACGGCCUCAACCACCAUCUGCAGAAAACUUCAAGCCCCGGCCCCAGAUCAUAACCACCUGUUCCAUUGGCGGAUUCAACCGACAGACACUGGGGAACCUAUCCUAUGGUCCUAGCAAGGCGGCUGCUAUACACCUCACCAAACAAUUGGCCACCGCUCUGGUCCCGUACGACAUCAGAGCCAACAUUAUUGCUCCUGGGCUGUACUAUUCUGAAAUGACAGAGAACAUGUACAAGGCUCAAGGCAGAGCAGAGACUCACAAUGUGGAAGGCACCUUUACCAAGGACAUUAUUCCGGCUACCCGCAGCGGAGACGAGCAGGACAUGGCAGGCGUGAUUCUCUGGCUGUGCUCCAGGGCAGGGGCGUAUAUCAAUGGAUGCGUUGUUGUGACUGAUGGCGGCCGUCUUGGAGUGGUCCCGUCUUCUUACUAG